GAUCGAGCUCUGUGUCGGGCUCCCUGCUCAGCGGGGAGCCUGCUUCUCCCUCUCCCUCUGCAGCUCCCCCUGCUUGUGCUCUCUCUCUGUCAAAUAAGUAAAUAAAUACUAAAAAAAAAUUAUGAGUUCUGUAAGGACUGGGGAUGUUAGUCGACUUUGAAUUCUGCGGCACCAGUUCUCGUUCAGGGUAGGUGCUCUGAUAAGUGAGUAGCUGGUGAGUGAGCGUAUGGAAGGGAGGGAGCAGAUCUCCGGGGCAGGUGCAGUGAGUCCUAUUCUGCCAGGUGCCUCCUGGGACUCAGGGGCAUGGUCACAGCUCCCACUUUUCUCAUUCCUGGGGUUUGUGUCGUUGAAUGAUAAUGAUAGCGGGGAACUCGUGGUGAGGGCUUGCUAUGUGCCGAGCACGGUGCUAAACACUUUUCCUGUGUUAAGUUAGUUAAUUCUCUCAGCACUUUGAGGGAGGUACUAUUUUUUUCACAUUUUUAUUUAAAUUCUAGUUAGUUAGCAUAUAGUGUGGUACUGAUUUCAGGAGUAAACUUCAGAUAUUCACCACUUGCAUACACCACCCAGUGCUCAUCACACAGGUGCUCUCCUUCCUGCCUGUCCCCCAUUUAGCCCACCCCCUGCCCACUUCCCUCCAGAGAGGUGCUAUUUUUAAGUCCUGUAUUAGAGAUGAGGAGACAGAUUUUGGAAAGGCUGAGCUCACAAAGACAAGAAUAGGUGAAACUGGGUUGAUGUUCGAUAGUGUCUGUGAUGAACUAGGAUUCUCUCUGGAUGGGCAGCUGGGAAACACUAGGCCCUCCUCUCCCUCCUCCCUGCAUAGCAGGGGUGAAGCAGAAGAAUGGACGCAAGGUUCUGGUAUGAAGUCUGUGGGAUGGGUGGUGGUGCCCCUCUCUCUAUCCUUCUUGGCUUGAGGGGCAUAUGGUUUGCACUGCCAGCCACCAGAGGGAGCAGAGGCAGGGCAGCCCAGUGGGUGAGGCCUCUAGCUGCUGUCAUGUCUGGGGGCUGGUGUCCAUUACUCCAUUUAGGCUGAGACAACCUCCCUACCACACGCCAAAAAGGAUCCUAGACUGAGACCUUCCAUCUAAGUGCCCUCAGACCGAGAGACUCCCGAAGGAGCCCCAGGCUGGGGCUCUUUGAGGGGUUGUGUGGCUGAAGACAUUCCAGAGGGGAUCUCACAGGGGGCUUCCCCACAGCGAGAGACCCUAGGAGGGUCCGCCAGACUGAGACUCCUCAGAGGGAUCCAAGUUUGAGGCAGUCUUGGAGAAGCCCUCAGAUUGAGCCCCUCAGAGGAACACAGCAUGAUGAGACACUCUUGGGAGGGCGUUUUCAUGGAGACAAUUCCAGAGGUACAGGGGAGCCCUAGGAGACACAGAGAGGGGCUGGGAGGGGCUUGGGAGACAUGCUCCCGACCUCAGAGUUCAGGCUUUGGGCCCCACCCCAUCUUCGCCUUGACCCACAUUAACUCGCCGGCCCUUCUCCCUUCCCCCUCCCCAUCAGGUGAGGAGGUCCACUGGGGUCAUUCUAGGCUUCCUGGGCACUGGAUUGGGGAAGGUGGUUAGGGAAGGCCUGGGGUUCUGAGGGAGGGAGGAGUAGGCAGCCCAACCUGUUUGGAGAGGUUGCUAACUGCCAGGAAACCCAUCUGGGUCUCUCUCACACAUGUGUGCUGGAUGAGGGGAGCUGAAGGGGAGUUGGGACAACACUCAUUCCGGCCCCCUCUAUCAGGCUGCCCUUCUGUGGCUCCUUCCCCACCUCUCAGCCAUGGGGACUGCAGGUUUGAGUGUCACUACCCAAACUGGCCCUGGCGGGAGGAGUGUGAGUGCGUGUGUGUGACACAGCAAAGUACAGAGUGGUCCUUGUACUUUGGGACCUGUCUUAACUCACAUGCCCCUCAUUCCCUCUGGACACAAGCCCUGCCUCCAUCAGCCUCUGAUUCUCCUUCUUUCCUGGUUAUUGACUCAAAGCCCCUCCACUUUCCUGCCCUGCAAUUCCUCCAGGAUUUUCCUCCCAGGCUUGACCCCGAAGUGUUGCCAAGCCCCCACUCUUCCCUUCCCUUUCUCUUGCCUUGACUCUGCCUGCUGGUCUGGGGCCAGGGGUAAUCCAGCCCUAGCCCCGUGGUUUUCUCCAGUGGCAGGGUGGGCGGGCUCUUGGAGCUCUGGCCAAUGGAGGGUGGGGCCCACACAGCUGGCUCACAGCCCAGACGACAGUAAUAGCAGGGGUGGCUUAGCGAGGAGGCCCAGCCCCCUGCCUUCCCUCCCUGCCUCCAGGUAUAAGAGCUGAGCUCAGGUGAGCCAACUCCUAGACUCCUAGCAUCCUGUCCCAGCAGUCCCAGCAGGCAGAUCAUGAGCCAUCAGCUCCCUUGGGGCCAGCUGUAGGACGACACAACUCUCACCAGGACAAGCGCACCGGGCACCAUGGGACAGUGUCGGUCAGCCAAUGCUGAGGAUGCUCAGGAAUUCAGCGACGUGGAGAGGGCCAUCGAGACCCUCAUCAAGAACUUCCACCAGUACUCUGUGGAGGGUGGGAAGGAGACGCUGACCCCCGCCGAACUGCAGGACCUGGUCACCCAGCAGCUGCCCCACCUCAUGCCGGUACUGAGUGGGCCCCGCCCCAGGCAGCACCCUGACUUCCCUGGCAAGGCCUCCGAGACCCCACCCACACUGCCACGGCUCCAGGCACUAGCAAGCCCUAGCCCUUCCCCUUGCCAGUGCCAGAGCAACUGUGGGCUGGAAGAGAAAAUCGCCAACUUGGGCAGCUGUAACGACUCCAAGCUGGAAUUUGGGAGUUUCUGGGAGCUGAUUGGAGAAGCAGCCAGGAGUGUGAAGUUGGAGAGCCCUGUCCGGGCCAGUUGAGAACCUUUUCCUGGAAUUCUUGGGGGGAUGUUGGGGCCUAGAAAUAAAAGUCCUGUCCACCACCACCACACGAUUCCCCAGUCGGCACCUGCCUCACCUCUGCAAGGGUCAAGUCCUCAGUGACUCUUCCCGGGGCUCUCUGUGCAUUUCAUCCCCGGGACAGCCAUGGAGCUAACGGGUCCGGGAGUCCCCACCAGAGGGAGGCUCAGGGGGUGGGUGGGGGCCAGGGAUGGAUGUGGCGAGAUGCUAGAGGGAUAAGGAUGGUGUAAGGGCCAAAUAAUUUGGUUGGGGAAAGGGCAGAGAGGAGGUGGGCUACUGGAAAUGAUUUGAAGAAGGGGGCUGGGAAUGAGGCUGGAUAUUUGGUACUAAAAAGGGUCUCUGAGAACCUACCCUUCCUAAUCUCUUCCCCAACCCAAACAGUAGUUGUCUGUCCAGUGCUAUGCCUUCCUGGCUCCCGCUCUGCCCCAGCCUCCUCCCAGGACUGUCUCUGGACUAGGGCAGGGGAAGAGAGAGAGCAGGCUGAGGGAGAGGCUGAGGGGGGCGUGACUUUGGGAGAGGACCAGCUGGGUGCUCGGGCAUUUAAAGAAUGAUGGUUGUUUUGUAUUAUUUGAUUAAUAAAAAAAUGGAAAAAGUGAAAGA